AUGGAUAACAUUAGUAUGUACAGUAUUGGAAGUGGUUCUGGCAUAAACCCAGAACCUGAGGUUGAUAAUAUCCAUAGUGAACAUCAGAGACCUCAUCUUAGAGUUCAUACAAGAGCUAAGCUUAUAAGUGACGCAAUUGAAAUGUCGAAAACAUCAUCAUAUCGUAGAAAUGUGUAUUCGAAGAUUUCAAGUCGUUUAUAUCGUAAUGUCGAGAGGGAUGGGAUUCAAGCUGAAGCUAACAGAGCAUUAAUGAGAAAAGAUUGUUUUCAAGCAAAUUAUAAUGAUUAUAUUCCCUCGGAUUUUGAUAAAGAUGCUAAUGAGAGGGACAGGCUGUUGAAUAUUCCAUUUGAUGAUCGUAUUGCCUAUGGAACUAGUCAGGAAAAAACUUUUUCCUUAGGAAAUGUUAGGGUGCCUUUAGACUAUUUGAACUCUAGUUCAAGUCUUAAUCUUAACUUAACCAGCAGUUUCGUCAGAUCUAAUAUCACGUUUAAUACUAACCAGUUCAGUAUUAAUACAAGUAAUCAAUCAAUUUCACAUCCUUCAAACUCGAAACUUGAUAGCAACAUUUCGGUUAAUCAAUCCAGUAUUGGUAAUAUAGUAGAUCAAUCGAGUAUUAAUACUAGUAAUAUAACAGAUCAGUCUAGUAUUGGUAAUGUGAUAGAACAAUCAAGUAUUGGAAGCAGUAAUGUUAUAGAACAGGCAAGUAUUGAUUAUGUUGGAUCUGAAGAUAAUAGAUUAGUUCCAGAAUCUCAAGGUUUAAUAAUCAGUAACAUGGAUUCCUCCAUUCAACAAUCUACAAAGAGUAUGAAGAGUGGAUUAGUGGAUCAAACGAGUAUAGGAAGUAGAAGUGAUAAUGUGAUAGUGGAUUUGAUAAGGAAUGGUAUGAGUCCAGGUGAGGUAGCGAAAUUAUCUGAUGUGUUUCAACAUCCAAGUUGUUUCCGAAGUGUUUCAGGCUCAAUAAUACCGUGGCUACAAAAGCAACUAAAAUCUGGAUACUGGAAUAAUAACUCAUCACUAUUUAUACUAUGUUUAACAAUGGCCCUAUCAGUAGGCAGUGUUGAGACAAUAUUUAAGUUAAACUCAACUUGGCGAGGAUUGAUAUUUUUGGUCACAUAUUUAAUUGCAUAUCUGUUCAUAGUACAGCCAAUGUUAUGUUUUGAGCUUGGAGUGGGUCAGCUAUUUCGAUGUAGUCCAUUUGAGGUUUUUGAUAAGCUUUUUCCAGGCAUGGGUGGAGUUGGGGUUGCUAUGGUAAUUCUAUGUUUACUAUCAGCAUGCAUAGCUUCAUCUCGUACUUCAGCGGAAUACCUGAUUUAUUUUAUAAACGUGUUUAAGAAUAAUAUGAUUUGGGACUUGAGUGUGGCUGAUAUUGACCAGUGUGCAGCCAUUGCUACAAAUGCUUUAGAGUGUAAUAAGUUAAAUCCACUCUGUUACAUGGUAAACGGUCAAUGUAAAGCUAAUAAGCUUGGGAAAGCCUAUACAGCUUAUCAAACCUUAUUUGACAAUGUUGACGUGGAUAUUAAUAAAAUCGAUUUCAGACUAGUGAUUGGGAUAUCAGUAACAUAUUUAUUUGUUUUCAUUUUACACAUGAUUGGAUUGACAAAUUUUACUUUUUUCGCCUUCAUUUUAGUGUUGGUGAUCUUCUUUCUAUCACAUGCACAGUUGUAUUUCAGUAUGUUACUAGAUGGUUCCACCAGCUUUGUAUUAGACUCAAUUACCAAAAUAGACUACAGCUUACUGUAUAAAAAUUCAAGGCUUUGGUCCCACUCAGUACGUUGUUGCAUUUAUGAAUAUGUUAUUGGGAAUGGAAUUUACUCAACACUUGCAAGUAAAUCUAGAAUCGGUUAUGAUUUAUCACUCGAAGCCGUAGGAGUUGGCUUUUUAUCUGGUUACAUCACUUCCCUUCAAUUCGUUUCAGCUUUGGCUAUUGUUGGUUACUUUAGUGUCUUUUUAUACAGAGCACCAACUGAUAUUUUAUGGAUGCUAGAACAGGAUACUUCAUUUAUUCUAUUACCAUUGGGGUUUAUAGCAACUCAUAAUAUGGAACGUACCUUGUUGGUGUUACAAUUUUGUUGUUGUUUUAUACUGGUUGCUUUCACUAUAUCAAUCCAAGUUGAGGUGAUUUUAAGUACAUUAUCCAGAUUCCUCAAGUGUAAACGUGUUUACAUUAUAGGAACUUUGUGCUUGCUAUUAAUAGUUGUGUGUAUCCCACUGUGUAAUAGGAAUGGGAAAAGAGUGAUUUGGUUUUUAGAAAUUGCUGUGGGAGAUUUAGGACGUGUUUUCAUGGUUUUGAUGACUUGUAUUGUCAUUGGCUGGUUUCACAAUGUUAAAUAUCAAACUGAUAGAAUCGGUGGGUUCUCAGUUUAUAUUUUCAACGCUACUUUCUGGCUCUUUAAUAUCUCAGCAUCUCUUGGCGAAUUAUUAGAUGAAACUUUACCUUUAUAUCUUUGGUGGAUUGUACGUCUUGUUGGCAUUAUAAUAGCAACCACUUUGUCACUCAUUUCCUACUAUUUCACUGAUAAACCCAAUGUUAAAGCCGUUGAUAGGGUUAACGCUAGUAGUACUACUGUAAAUAGUGUGAAUAAUACUAAUCCCAGUGUUGUUAGGAAUAGGUUAUCUGUAUCCGAAGUAUUGUAUAUAUUGUUUAUUGGGAAUAUUGAAGGUUAUAGAUUUGAGAUUAAGAGAAUCAGUCCUAUGAAUAGAACUAAUAACAUUUGUUGGUCUGUUGUUUGGUCAAUUGCUAUCAAGUGGAUUUCAUGCUGCUUACUGUCAAACUCUUUGGCUGACAUUGUCGAGGAAAUCAUCUCAGCUGAACGUGUUCAACAUAAUAUUCACACCAUUCCUUACAACUACAAGGUUAUUACUAUACUUCUCUGGCUCUUUCUCAUACUCAUCAUCAUACUCUAUCCCAUCAUCAAGAGAAAACUGUUUCGCGGUCAUUUUGGUGUUGGAAUUGACUUGUGUGAGUUGCCGUCAUAUCCAUCAAACAAGUAUCAUUACAAAUUCACUCCAAAGAAACUUUUCAAGGAACUAUUCUAA